UUAUAUUACAUUUGCGCAUGUAGCUCCUUUUUUGGCCUUGAUAGUUUCUUAUUAAAGUAGAUGCAGUCAGGAGUAAACUACACAUCCCGGAGUGCUCCUCUGAACCCCUCUGGUCCGGAUCUGUGUGAUUUUGGCGCUGAGCUGCAGGAGAGACCGACCACCAGGCCUGGACUAAAAAAGCAGGGUGCUUUUGUUAAACCGGAGGAAGAGGGAGCUAGAGAUUAUUAUUAUUAAGAAAGAGUGCACACAGGAGGGCGGCGAGAAUUGAACAUAUGUAUGUGUGGCAGGGUUUCUACUAGCGGAAUGCUCCAUACAUUGAGGAAGAGCCAAGCUUUGGGAUUGGGCAGCGACCAGAUAGCGUAACACCCCCUCCUCCUCUCUGUGGAGAAUUGCGUUAAAACGAAAAAGGAAAAGGCCUGCGCUUUAUCUUUAUUACAGGGUUUUUUUGAUUAUUUUUCUCCUUCUAUAUUAAACGAGGAACCGUUGCUGGCUGGUGUAUGUGUUUAGAAUGGGACACGCUGAAGGUCCAGUCAAAGAAAAAGACAGUUAAGGAUGCAGGAGCCCAACAAUGGAUUUCUCCUUCUCUUUCAUGCAAGGGAUCAUGGGAAAUACAAUUCAGCAACCCCCUCAGCUCAUUGACUCAGCCAACAUCAGACAGGAAGGCACCUGUGACACCGGCAGUGAUCCAGGCGAGGAUGGUGGUCCCUCCUACGAUGCUGCCCUGGAUGCAGAGUUUUCCUACCCGCCCUCAGCCUCAGAGGACAUGUCGCAGGUCUCCAACGGCUACCCGCCCGGUCUGGGCAUGUACGAGCCGCAGGCCAAGUUCUCCAUGUACUCGCAGUUCCCCAACGGCUCGGCUAACGGCUACGGGGCCAUACGGAGCUACGGAGAUCAUGGUCUCAUGCCGGGGGAGGGGACGGUCCUGAGAGGCCCAGGUCUCCAGGAGAGACCUUUGUCUCCUGUGUCCCCCCCUCUGCCCACGCAUCACCCACACCUCCACCACCAUCACCAUCACCCCCAUCACCACCAUCACGCGCACCACUUCCACUCAAACCCAACUCACAUACAAACCCACCCGCACCCACAGAGUCCCCCGCCACCCCCUGCUCUGCCGCUGCCCUCCCAGCACCACCUGCCCCACACGCCUCACAUCAUGACCCACACUCUUCCCCCUCCUCCCCCCUUAAUCCUGCCUUCCUCCAGUCCUCCCCCCUCCCUUGUGGACAGUACCCCGUCUUCUCAACCCUCCCACACCCUGUCCAACACUCCCGGCGGGGUGCUGAAGAAAACCAGCUCUCCAGAGAUCAAACUGAAGAUCAUAAAGACGUAUCAGAACGGGAAAGAGCUGUUUGAAUCUGCGCUGUGUGGAGACCUGCUGCAGGAACUGCAGAAGGAGUCUCAGAAGAACGAGGCCACUCCGAUGCAGCGCAGACAUGAGAGGAAGAAGGAGAAGAGGAAAAAGAGUGCGAGGCUGCAGAUGCAAGUCCAGGAACAGAACCUGGACGAGAGCCAAACACAGGCAGGUACCACGGAGCAGACGGAGGACAUCCACAUCCAGCCCCAGCCGAUAGAAACACCCCCAGCCCAGACAGAGAAGCCUCAGAAGACCGUUAUCAAAACUGAACCAAAGACGCCAAAGGUUCCGAAGGUCCAUCAUCCAUCAGUGAUCCAAGAGACGGGUUUCUGUAAGGAGUUUGUGAUAGGAGACCUAGUGUGGUCCAAGGUGGGCACCUACCCCUGGUGGCCCUGCAUGGUCUCCUCUGACCCGCAGAUGAAGGUCCACACUCGCAUCAACACCAGAGGUCACAGGGAGUAUCACGUCCAGUUCUUUGGCAGUGUCGCUGAGCGGGCGUGGAUCCAUGAGAAGAGGAUAGUCCUGUACCAGGGGAAGCAACAGUUUGAUGAGCUUCAGGCUGAGACUCUGCGCAAAGCCUCCAAUCCUGUAGAGAAACACAAACUUCUGAAGCCUAUCCCUCAGCGGGAGCGCUCUCAGUGGGAGGUGGGUGUAGGCCACGCCGAGGACGCCUUUGUCAUGACGCGGCAGGAGCGGAUUGACAAUUACACCUUCAUCUACGUUGACCCAGACCCACAUGAAGGCACGUCCAGCAAGAAACCUAACAUUAGAGCUGAGAAACGAACCCGGCGCUCCAGCGGCUCCGUCAGUAAGAAGGAAGAGGGAGGCGUGAAGUCACCAGAGAGAGAGCAGCCGCCGCGACGGCUUCUGCCACGCAGACAGUGUAGUAUUUCAAACACGGACGACAACACAAACUCCCAGGCCUCACAUGAAGAGAAGAACCUGAGGGGCGACCAACGUAAGACCAGCUCCCCAAAGCAGAGUGCUGGUUGUGAUGCACGAACGCAGCAGGACUCGCCGCCGCCAGUCAGAGCCUGGAAAACAGCAGCCGCCAGGAAGCUUCUCCCCCUCUCCAUCACCAUGAAGAGGCUGAACGUGGAGAUCACAAAGUGCGACUGGCCUCUCCUGCAGAAAAAAGCAGCUCUGUCUCCAAAAAAAGGCAAAGAAGAAGAGAAGGAGGAGAGAGUGGAGAGAGAGGCCCGGCAGCCCGACCUGGGAUACUGCUCACCUGAGGACAGCAGAGCUAAACCUGAGCCCAGUCCAGAGGAGGAGGAAGACGGGGACGAAGGGGAGGAAGACGGGGAGGAGAGGAGAGGCUCCCCUGCCAGUCGAAGGAGCGAGGAGGGAGGAAUGCAGCCAACCUCCUCUCCUGGAUCACACCACAGCAGUCCACACGGUUCUCAGGAGAGGAAGCUGCAACGGCGGUCAGUCAGGAGCAGGUCUGAGUCGGAGCGAGGCAGCGACCCCGUCCCUAAGAAGAAAACCAAAAAGGAACAGGCUGAGAUGGCUCCUGAGACCACACUGAGGACCGGUUCACAGAAAGGAGCCAGUGAGAUCUCAGAUGCCUGCAAGCCCCUGAAGAAGCGAAGCAGAGCGUCGACGGAUGUGGAGAUGGCUUCUUCUCAGUACAGAGACACCUCUGACUCUGACUCCAGAGGCCUCAAUGACCCACAGGGUUUAUUUGGGAAGAGUCUUGAUAGUCCAGCAGCAGCAGACGCAGACGCUUCAGAUACUCAGUCUGUGGACUCUGGCUUGUCCCGCCAGGACGGCAGCACCGGCAAGAGAGACACCGUCUGCCAGAUCUGCGAGGUGUACGGAGAGGGUUUGGUGGUGUGUGAAGGUGACUGCAGUAGACAGUUUCACCUGGAGUGUCUCGGCCUGACGUCCCUACCUGAAGGCAGAUUCACCUGCUUGGAAUGCAGAAAUGGCGAUCAUCCUUGUUUUAGCUGUAAGACGGCUGGCCGGGAGGUGAUGCGCUGCUCCGUGUCUGGAUGCGGCUGUUACUACCACGAGGAUUGUGUCCGUAAGCUCCCCGGCACCACCAGCAAUUCGGACGGAAGCUUCUCUUGCCCUCAGCACAGCUGCUCUACCUGCUGCCUGGAGCGAGACCUGCAGCGAGCCAGUAAAGGUCGUCUGAUGCGUUGUAUCCGCUGUCCAGUGGCGUAUCACACAGGAGACAGCUGCGUGGCGGCGGGCAGCGUCGCCCUCACCCAUCACAUCAUGAUCUGCAGCAACCACGGCAGCGCCAAGAGGAACGGCCUCCUCACCUCGCCCAUCAACGUGGGCUGGUGCUUCCUGUGUGCCAGAGGGCUGUUAGUGCAAGACCUUACUGACACCAUAUUAAGUUCAUAUGCCUAUAAGUCCCACUACCUUCUGACUGAGUCAAAUCGUGCUGAGUUGAAAUUACCUAUGAUUCCCUCUCCUUCGUCAGCUACCAAAAAGAAUGUUGGGAAAGGAGGCAAGUUGCUGUGCUGCGACACAUGCCCGGCUUCCUUCCACCCGGAGUGUCUGGAGAUGGAGACGCCCGAGGGCUCGUGGUCCUGCAGUGACUGCAGGGCAGGGAAGAAACCUCACUACAAACAAAUUGUCUGGGUCAAACUGGGCAACUACAGGUGGUGGCCAGCGGAGAUCUGCAACCCUCGUCUGGUGCCAUCAAACAUUCAGAGCCUUCGCCACGAUGUCGGUGACUUCCCCGUCUUCUUCUUUGGCUCCCACGACUACUACUGGAUUAACCAGGGCCGCGUCUUCCCCUACGUGGAGAAUGACAAGAACUUCGUUACGGGUCAGAUCAACAUCAACAAAACCUUCAAGAAAGCUCUGGAAGAAGCAGCUCGGCGGUUUCAGGAGCUCAAGGCACAAAGGGAGAGCAGGGAGGCUCUAGAGCAGGAACGCAACUCUCGGAAACCUCCACCCUACAAAUUCAUCAAGUCCAACAAACCAGUGGGAAAAGUGCAGGUGCAUGUCGCUGACUUGUCAGAAAUCCCACGAUGCAACUGCAGACCAGCAGAUGAGCAUCCAUGCAGCCUCCACUCUCAGUGUCUCAACCGCAUGCUGCAGUACGAGUGUCAUCCACAGGUGUGUCCUGCGGGAGAAAGCUGUGAAAACCAGUGUUUCUCCAAGCGGCUGUAUGCAGAGACAGAGGUGAUAAAGACCGACGGCCGUGGCUGGGGCCUCAAGACCAACCAGGCUCUCAGGAAGGGUGACUUUGUGACGGAGUAUGUGGGAGAGGUGAUCGACUCAGAGGAGUGCCAGCAGCGAAUCAAACGUGCCCAUGAAAAUCAUGUGGCCAACUUCUACAUGCUCACCCUCACCAAGGAUCGUGUGAUAGACGCCGGCCCAAAAGGGAACUCCUCUCGGUUUAUGAACCACAGCUGCAGCCCAAACUGUGAAACACAGAAGUGGACGGUAAACGGAGACGUUCGCAUCGGACUCUUCGCCCUCUGUGACAUUGACGCCGGCACAGAGCUGACGUUCAACUACAACCUGCACUGUGUGGGCAACCGGAGAUCGUCGUGUCACUGCGGAUCAGACAACUGCUCUGGAUUCCUCGGGGUGCAGCCAACGAGCGCUGUGGUCAUGGAGAAAGAGGAGAAGGCCAGGAACGCCAAGCUGAAGCCGAAGAAGCGGAAGCUGCGGCCAGAGGGCAAACAUACGCACGAGUACUUCUGUUUUUGCUGCGGAGAGGGAGGCGAGCUGGUGAUGUGCGACAGAAAGGACUGUCCCAAAGCGUACCACCUGCUCUGUCUCAACCUCACCAAGCCGCCAUACGGACGCUGGGAAUGUCCUUGGCACGACUGCAGCGUUUGCGGCUCCCCGGCCUCGUCUCUCUGUGACUUCUGCCCUCGCUCCUUCUGCCGGGAUCACGAGGCGGGGGCGCUCACCUCCUCCUCCCUAGAGGGCCGCCCCUGUUGCUCGAGUCACAACCCCGCCAGUCCCCUGGGCUCCGACUCCAGCUCCACCCAGCCCCGCCGCUCCGCUCUGAGCCCCGUCAGUGUCAAAGAGGAGCCGGACGUGGGGGCGGGCGGGCCGGCUUCAGAGUGACACCACAGCCCCCCUCAAUACCUCAUUCCCUGUAAAGUGCGCUCCUGUUGUCCUCCUGGGCUCCGUCUCACCUCUGAUCUGAAGGGAAUACAGUGCUUUUUGACCAGCACAAAGGCCGAGACACGAACACCUCGAUGCUGUUUGUGGCGAGAGCAGAGCAGCUGUGUGUCGGCAGGAGAAGUGACCAGGCAUCAUUGUGCGCUGUUUUCCCUCCUCUCUUGCCAUAAAACACCACUACUAAGGCUCUCUGCAGCUCCCCUGGGCCCACCGGAGGGCUCAGACCACCACCUCAUUAUGUUUCUUCUUUUCUUUUUUCUUUUUUUGCAGCUGUGGAAAUUUUAAGUGUUGUCACGUCGUCAGAUACCGGCACUUUGAAAAAACUCAACAAGUGAGGUGGAGGGAGAGUUAGAGAGAAAAGGAGGAGGACAAGAUGUGAAGCUGAACCUCUCCACCACCCCGCUGCUCCUCUCCUCGUUCACCUGCUGUAAGCCGCGGCAUCUCACACACAGGAUGGCUGCACGGAGACGAGCCAGCUUCCCUCCUCCUCCGCCUCCACAGCCGAUCAUCACUCCAGACAUCGUAUUUAUCUCUUCUUCUUCUCCUUGAAGGAAAAAAAAGGGGGGAAAUAACCGAUUUUGUGCAAUUGUUUUCAGGACCACACUACAUUCCAACCUUCCUUAGACAUGGUUUUAAUAUACUUAUGGGUAUAGAUGAAUAUAAUUAUAUACAGUAUCUAUGUUUGUUAAUGUUUACAGACAGAUUCUCUCACUUCAUCUCGGUGAGUGGUGUAUUAUGUUUGUUUGUUUAGGUGUUAAGCAUUACGCAGACCUCCUUGUGAAAAUAGUCCUAUUAAGGUGAAAUAUAAUGGUAUAUAGUGUAAUGGUAUGACAUUACAGAAGUACUUGUGAUUUUCAUAUUGCCAGUCUCACUUGCCAUUGUGUACAUAAUUGGCUCAUAAUAUUGUAAAGUACGUAAAGAUCAGGAGGGACGGAGCCUCGCCUCUCUGGUUGUUUCUGGAAGAAGGAAGCGCUUUUUUAAACAACAAGACAGAUCCUUUUUAUUUUUAUCUUUUUUUUUCUGUAAAGUUCUGUUCCCACAUUUCCUCCGAGCAGUUACCGUUCUUUGUAUUGUAAACGGAGGGGCUCAGCUUGUGAUCACUGGUGCUGUCUUAAAGUAUUGUUAAUCAGCCUUAAGUUGGAUUCUGGCUGUAGGAACUACUGCCCAGAUGCAGUUCAUUUCAGUAACGUUGUGUACUGUGAUCGCUUAGAUGCUUUUGGUUUUUGUUUCCGUUUUGUUUCUUUUGUUGUUUUUGCCAAACUUUUCUGAAAAGCACUUUUACACGGCUUGUCGCUACACAAUUUAGCUAGGUCAUACAUAUACAGAAAUGUAUAAUAAAAGAACAUAAGACAAGUGUUUCAAAAUGGAUACCUCUUCUUCUUGUAGGAACGUCGGAAUUUAAACUGUGUUGUAACUUUUUUCCUAUCGGUCAGAAACGUGGUGAGUUGCUGGGCGUGAUUUCCCUUUUUUUUCUGUUAUUGUUUUUUUGAGGAAAGUGGCCUAAAUGCUGCUGGUUUAUUUUGGCACAAGUAGGAAUGACUGCCAGCCCUGUGUCCUUGAAAAGGAACUUCUUCAUUUUCCACCUGAAGAACAUCCUUACAGCUGGGCUUUAUAUAAAGACGUAAUGGUAUAACAACAGUCCAGUCCCGUAUGAUGUACAAAUACAAACUUCUGUACAGUGUUUUUAAUCGCUCAUCUGUCAGAUCCAAAUUUUUUGUAUUUAUUGCACCACAUUUUAUACCAAUUUGUUUUUCAAACACCAGUGCAGUACUUUGUUCCCCUCUCCACCACAGUGUAAUAGACUAUUAAAAAAAAACAUGGGGAGUUUUACAUAAUAUAUCUGUGUUUAGUCAUCGCAUACGUUUUCUUUUUCUUUUUAACAUUUGGUGUAAUGAUUCCACACUUUAGUAACAGCCGCUGCUCAUCGACUUGUAUCGUGACUCACUGUUAUUGGUGUAAAAAGCAGUGUGAAGCAGUUCAAUAUAGGAAUGUAAAGUUUCAGUUUCAGAGGAGCUUUUGUGUGUGUGUGGUUUUUUUUUUUCAACCUGGACUCAAGGAAGUUUAGCUGUAGUCAUGCCUCAGCUUUUUGCUUGUGAUUCCUGUGACCCUGGUUACAUGAAUUCUGUUUCUGUUUUCGGCCCUUAAAAUAUGUUUUUUUGUUUUUUUUUAAGCCUCCCUUUGUGGUCGGUCUUUAAAGUCGAGCCACAGGGUAAAACUGUGCCAAUGUUUCUAAAUCAUGUCCGUUCAUUUUGGGUCUCUUUGAAUGCUCAGAGCACAUACAGUCAGCUACCAGAUUAUUAGGUACACAGAGCUAAAACUAAUGGCAGUCUGAACAGUCCUGCAAUAAAUCUGAUCCUUUUAUUAAGGUUAUAAAGUUCACUUUUUGUUAAAAAUGUUUUAAAGAGGGCUUGGGAUUCAAAUUUAUGAUAAUUUUUCGACACUCUAGUUUGUGGUGCUACUCAAACCGUAUUGCUUUAUAAUGAGAGAUGUUUCUAACAAUUAUUUACUCUCCCUGAUAUAAACAUGGUGGACAAAAUAUAAGAGUCUCUUCUCUGUAUACUGCACAAAAUUACUAUAAAGUUGAAUCAACAGCUCUCUAAAACUCUUUCAACAAAACUGAACAGGUUAACUUUCAUAAAGGUAAGAUUUAUUGCUUUGAUUGCAUUAAUUUUGUGUACCUAAUGAACUGUGUAAAUCAUGCAGAAAAAGAUGAAAUAAAUAAAGAAGGGGAGACAUUGAAUGCAGGAAAGUGAUAUAUGAUUCAAAACAUUUUAAGAUUUAGUCAGAGCUAAACUCUGCACAUACAUCAUUCUGAACAAUGAAGGUCAAACACUAUUAACGUAACAAUAAGCAAAACACCUUUUUGAGUGGAGGGGAACUUUAAUAUGCUAAAUAAGUGCACAUAUUAUGGAACAAAUACAUGCAUAAUACAGGCACUUAAUCAAAUAAAGAACGGGCAAAUCCUGCAUUAUUUAUGCCAUUAAAUGACUUGUGCACAAAUUAACAUUUCAAACUCGUCUGCAUUUGAUGAUUGCUCUCCUUUUGGCUUUCUGUUUCUGUUGACUUAUGAGAAAGUUGUUGUUUUUUUAUGGAUUCUUGAAAAAAGACUGAACACGCUGAUUUCCAGCUGCUCACAAAUUUGCCAAGCUCUUUACAUUUUUGUUCAGUAGUAAGUUGUAAUAAUAAGGCCACUUCAGUACUUGUUGAGUGUCGGGUCAGUGCAUCAUUAAGUCACUUUUACUCACAAACUAAAAACGGUCUAAACUUGAAUUUUUUAAAUUUAUUUAUGUUUUUUUGCCCUUUUAAACACAGGAUUCAUGUGUGAUUAACAGACUGCAGGCAUCCUUGAAUUCUGUGUUUGUGGCUUCACAAAAAAUGUCUGACUGGUGAAGCGUGAUUAUAUAACUGGUCCUAAAGGCUUUCAUUUUAUUUUCAAGGCGACUGUUGAGCUGAAAUGCAUGCUUCGACAUCAGACAUUGGUUUACUCCACUUCAGUUUUCUUCAAAUGCCUGAUUUCAAUACCAGUGUUUUGUUGUUAUUUGUGUUCCAUUUCACGUUGCACAGAGAUUGUGCAGCAGCCUUUGUUGUUUUGCACCUGCAGAUUGCAUGAUCAUGAAUUACUUUGUGCCAGUUUGUCCUCUUCAGCCCUCCUCAGCUGAUACAGCAGCAGUAUUACGUACUGUAUGCCUCAUUUGAGCGUCCCAGCGUGCACCAUUUGUCACUUCAAAUGCUCUCUGAUGUGUAUGUUUCGUUGUUUUAUUCUCAUUGUAGUGCCCACAUUUGUUUUUUUGAAGAGACAGCAUGUUUGUUCUCGUUUAAGUGACCCUUAAAUACGCCUGUCCAGGAUUAUUUUUUUUAUAUACACUUAAAUUUAGGAUGGAUUCCCCCUUGUAUGUCAAAGGGUAUGUUUCAGUUCACUGUGAUGUCUUUUGGUUUUGUGCAAUGUUGCCGACAGAGCAGACAUAGUGUUGGAAUAAAUAAAAGACUUCACCUUCAUAAGCACUCAUCUCUUUUUACUUGUAGUAAGAUUACUUACAGAAACUCUAACUGGGGUCAUAUCUAUCUCUCUUGGUGUUGCUUCAAUUAAAACGUGGAUGAACACAAAAUACCAUGUUGAUUACUGUUCGACCUGUGUUACUGCAUAUUGUUGAAGAACUUGUAAAUAGUUUGCAUUGAACUUGCAUAGACUCAUGUUACUGUGGCGUGCUCUUUUUGCCUGUACAAUUCUGCUUCUAAAUGUGUGUGACUGUUGAGACGACACUCUUUUUGUACAUGACUGUCUUUUUAUUUGAGAAUAUUGAUUCUGUCCUUUUUCAUUCUAAAGUUGAGUUUGAAGAGUUCAGACAUGCCUGAAGUUUGACUUUAAUAAAGCUGUACUCUGUCUCAGUGAAACGCU